AUUUCCCUUCACUCCUCAUACUUACAAACACUGUGUGAAUGAGUCAGAUGUUACAGUGACUGCUAAUUGGAUUUUAAAUAACGCUGAUUUCUGUCUCUUUGUGGGUACAGGAAUUAAAGGAGACCACAACGUGAUCCAGCCAGCAGGGUGUCUGACCGCAAGGGAACCGCUGCAACCGACGAUCCCUCCAUUGUCCCGUCGUCCGUCGGUCUCCUGAGGAGUAGCUGAGGGGGACGUACCACUCUGUUACCAAAGUACCUUGGAUUAAUGUAUGGCGCAGGCUCACGGAGGGAGAACGUGAUUCUGGGUUUCCUGCAGGGCUGGAGUACAUAAGUGAUACAGGCCUGGAGUGAGCCUGUACUAUCAGGAUUGGUGUUGGCAUGGCUCAGUCCACCUUUUGGACCUUCUCUUCAUCAUGACUGGUCUGCUUGACCACAGACCCUGAGGAGAGCCUGUAACUGCCGGAGGUAGUGAGCCCCUUUUUGUCUCGAGAGGAUCUUUCCUAAGAGAACCGGGCCUUUAUGUAUCACAAAGAGAUCUAAGUUAGACGAUACAAAGACUCUACAACUACUACUACAAAAAAGAACACAAAAAAAAAACACAAAAACUCAGGCUUGCUUUUGAGAGGAGAAACAUGCGGCUUUGUCUCAGUUUGAGUGGAGAUGCUUUUUCUACCAGCUUAUCUUCCAUGGCAAAGCCUUUGAUGGCUUGAGCGGCUGACAAAACAAGAGGAAGGUCAGCUCAGAAAAAACAAGGAUCAGUUUCAAAUCAAACACACUGAUCCGGGGUCACGAUAUAACCAAGGGUAUAACCAAACACCUUCUUUCUCUUACUACGCUAAUAAACUUAACCUUUCUGAAAAGGACUUAAUAGGAGAAGAUUUCAACGUAAAUCUCGAUUGGAUCUGCUGGGUUGGGAAAGGAUUCUUCGGUGGCUGGAUAUCGAUUCUUUUAAAUCAGGGACGAGACACCACAACCUCAAAACAAGAUGGCCGCCCAAUGCAAGAACUUCCUGCUCUUCUUGACCAGGGUAGGACUACUUCUGGGUCUGGCUAACCCUCUGGUGACCUCCGCCCUCUGCCCCUCGGCCUGCCGGUGUGAUGGGACCUUCAUCUACUGUAAUGACCGAGGCCUCACCUCUAUCCCUACCGGCAUUCCGCUGGAUGCCACUAUUCUCUUCCUCCAAAACAACAGGAUCAAGAGCGCCGGCAUCCCCGCCGAUCUGAAGAGGCUAAGCAACGUUGAGAAGAUCUAUCUGUACUGCAAUAAUCUGGAUGAGUUCCCCCAAAACCUGCCGAUAGGGGUGAAAGAGCUGCAUCUACAGGAGAAUAAUAUCCGCAUGAUUACGCAUGCGUCGCUGGGUCAGAUCCCGGUGAUUGAGGAGCUACACCUGGAUGAUAACUCCGUCUCUGCGGUUAGCAUCGAGGAAGGAGCGUUCAGGGACAGCAAUCACCUGAGACUACUCUUUCUCUCCAGGAACCAUCUGAGCACCAUCCCGUCCGGCCUUCCGCAGACCAUCGAGGAGCUGCGCUUCGACGACAACCGCAUCUCGUCAAUAUCAGAGGCGUCCCUGCAGGACCUGAUCAACCUAAAGAGACUCGUCCUGGACGGGAACCUGCUCAACAACCGCGGCAUCGGCGAAAUGGCCUUCAUCAACCUGAUUAAUCUCACCGAGCUCUCCCUGGUGAGAAACACCCUAACGUCGCCGCCGGCUAACUUACCUGGAACCAGUUUGGAGAAACUGCAGCUCCAAGACAACCACAUAAACCGGGUACCGGCCGGGGCUUUCGCUUUCCUCAGGCAGCUGUAUCGGUUGGAUCUAUCAGGCAACAACCUGAGCAGUCUGCCUCACGGAGUGUUCGAAGACCUGGACAACCUCACACAGCUCCUGCUCCGUAACAACCCGUGGCAGUGUACUUGCCGGAUGAAGUGGGUGAGAGACUGGUUAAGGUCGCUGCCGACAAAAGUCAACGUCCGAGGAUUUAUGUGCCAGGGACCGGACAAGGUCAAGGGCAUGGCUAUUAAGGAUUUGUCCAUGGACUUGUUUGACUGUGGAGGAUCUGACUUGGGCAGGGGACAGGGGGACCCUACCUUCAAGACCAGCACCGUCUCUAACACCUUACUGCCCUCACAACCCCAAUGGCCCUCCUUUGUGACCAAAAGACCAGUGGUGAGAAUACCUGACAGGAAUAAGAACUACCGCAGUACUACGACGCCGUCAGGAAGAAAGAUCAUCAGGAUCAGCGUGAAGUCGAGCAGUGCAGAGACUGUGCACAUCUCCUGGAGGGUUUCUAUACCGUUGACUGCCAUGAGACUCAGCUGGUUAAAACUGGGUCACAACCCUUCGUUCGGUUCCAUCACGGAGACCAUCGUACAGGGCGAGAAGAAGGAAUACCUCCUAACAGCUCUAGAACCGGAAUCCUCGUACAGGAUAUGCAUGGUUCCCAUGGAGACCAGUAACAUUUACUUGACGGACGAGACACCAGUUUGCAUAGAGACAGAGACCAGUUCUCUGAAGGCUUACAAACCCACCACCACAUUGAACCGCGAGCAGGAAAAGGAGCCUUACAACAAUUCCAGUCUGCCUUUAGCCGCGAUCAUCGGAGGGGCCGUGGCUCUGUUGGCAAUAAUAAUGCUGGCGUUUGUGUGCUGGUACGUGCACAGGAACAGUUCACUGUUUUCCAGGAAUUGCACCUACAACAAGGGCCGUCGGAGGAAGGACGAUUACGCCGAGGCGGGGACGAAAAAGGAUACCUCGAUCUUGGAAAUACGAGAGGCCUCUUUUCAGAUGAUCCCUAUACACGCAGUGCCCGAGUCCAAAGAGGAGUUUGUGAUACAUACGAUUUUCCCUCCGAACGGAUUGAGUCUGUACAAGAGCCCGCAAAGCGAGACCACUAUUAGCAACAGAAGCUACAGAGACAGCGGAAUACCCGAUUCAGACCACUCCCAUUCAUGAUAUUGAUAACGCGGGACAUUUCGUUAUAAAUGAGUGCGUUUGUUGAUGACAUGAAACUAAAGUGGCUAAAAGACUUUGUUAUAAAACACUGGAUCUACAAGACUGAGUGGGGAAGCAAUGUUCUUCUGUACAUUUUGCCCAUAUAAUUUAUAUUUAAGGACAUUUUAUGACAAAGAGGAGAAGAAAUGUGGUUCACAUUGCAGAUAGUAGGGCCAUCACUGAGCCGCAGGUCAGUGUAUGUUGUAACUAAAUCUGCAUUUCUAUAUUUUAGGGGUUGGUAGUAAUUUGUACUGUAUUUUUUUUUUUGGCUUACGGUUACCCUAACAACCAACUAUAAAAAAAAAAAAACUCUGUUCUACUGAGAUAUAAAGACUUGUCAACUGUGAAAGUGGGUUUUCAUUGCUGUGUUGAACAAUCAGACUUUAGAGAACCUUGUAGAAUAAAGCACAGGUCAUUCUUUACACUCGUUUUGUGGCUGUUCGGUAAAAACCAAAAAGGCAAAAAAAAAGUUUAAAAAAAAUGACAUGAUCAAAACUAGGGCCCAGCUGAUUACCUGAGACGAAGGCGCGAGACAGCAGACACUCGUUCUCUGAGGAGAGACAAGCAGAGAGCAGUCAGUCUCCUACAUGUAUC